ACUUUACCACUAGAAGUCACCUGACACUCCCUACACAGUCGGUGCAAAAAUGUCUGCGCACUUAUCAUAUGGAAGAGUAAAUUUAAACAUUUUGAGGGAAGCAGCGCGGAAGGAGCUCCGUGAGUUUUUGGACAAAUGUGGAGGAAGCAAGGCUAUUGUGUGGGAUGAAUACCUGACUGGACCCUUUGGAUUGAUAGCACAAUAUUCAUUGUUGAAGGAACAUGAGGUGGAGAAGAUGUUCACCCUCAAAGGGGGGCGUCUCCCUGCUGCUGACGUGAAAAAUAUCAUCUUCUUUGUCCGUCCCAGGCUUGAGCUGAUGGAUAUUAUAGCUGAAAAUGUAAUCAGUGAGGAUAAGAUGCAUUCCCCACGUGAUUUCCACAUUUUGUUUGUGCCACGGCGGAGCAUGCUCUGUGAGCAGCGGCUGAAAGAGCAGGGGGUCCUGGGCUCGUUUAUCAACAUAGACGAGUACAUCCUAGACCUCAUCCCCUAUGAUGGAGACCUGCUCUCCAUGGAGUCCGAGGGGGCAUUCAGGGAGUGCUAUCUGGAAAGUGACCAGACAAGUCUGUACCACACUGCCAAGGGCCUUAUGACUCUCCAGGCUCUGUAUGGGACCAUCCCCCAGAUAUUUGGGAAAGGGGAGUGUGCACGGCAUGUAGCUAACAUGAUGCUUAGGAUGAAAAGGGAGUUUGCUGGCAGCCAGACUCAGAUCCUACCUGUGUUUGACUCACUGCUGCUGCUGGACCGCAAUGUAGACCUGCUCACCCCUUUGGCCACACAGCUCACAUACGAGGGCCUCAUUGACGAAGUCUAUGGAAUUACCAACGGUUAUGUGAAGUUGCCUCCUGAGAAGUUUUCUGCCCAAAAGAAGCAGGGUGAGGCGGGUAAAGACCUGCCCACGGAGCCCAAGAAGAUGCAGCUCAACUCAGCAGAGGAGCUGUAUGCUGAGAUACGGGACAAAAACUUCAAUGGCGUAGGGGCUGCACUGAGCAAGAAGGCCAAGAUCAUCUCCGCUGCAUUUGAGGAGCGGCACAGUGCCAAAACAGUGGGCGAGAUAAAGCAGUUUGUGUCCCAGCUGCCCCACAUGCAGGCAGCACGGAGCUCGCUGGCCAAUCACACCUCCAUAGCUGAACUCAUUAAGGACAUCACCACGUCUGAGGCCUUCUUUGAUAACCUGACAGUGGAGCAGGAGUUUAUGACUGGAGUCGAUACAGACAAGGUUAACACAUACAUAGAGGACUGCAUCGCCCAGAAGGAUCCCCUAAUCAAAAUCCUGCGGCUGGUCUGUAUGCAGUCGGUCUGCAACAAUGGCCUCAAACAGAAGUUGUUGGACUACUACAAGAGGGAGAUUCUGCAGACUUAUGGAUAUGAACACAUGCUUACCCUCAACAACCUGGAGAAGACAGGUCUUCUGAAGCCCCAGACAAGCACCAGGAAUAACUACCCCACCAUCAGGAAGACACUCAAACUCUGGAUGGAGGAUGCCAACGAACAGAACCCCAACGACAUCUCCUAUGUGUACAGUGGCUAUGCUCCUCUUAGCAUCCGUCUGACCCAGGUGUUGGCCAGGCCCGGCUGGCGCAGCAUCGAGGAGGUUCUGAAGAUGCUCCCUGGUCCACACUUUGAGGAGAGACAACAGCUGCCUGCUGGUCUCCAUAAGAAGCGCCAGCAGGGGGAGAACAGGACCACACUGGUGUUCUUUCUGGGAGGGGUGACAUAUGCGGAAAUCGCUGCCCUGCGCUUCCUGUCUCAGAUGGAGGAUGGUGGCACAGAAUACAUCAUUGCCACCACCAAGCUCAUCAAUGGUACGAGCUGGAUCAAAUCCCUAAUGGACCGUCCUGAGGCUCAGGCCUCCUGAGCCUGCUGACUGCCCCCUCAGGGGGAACAGAUGCACUGCUGGACCCAACAAAUAUUCGGAACAAAAGACCUUGCCGCUUGUUUUUAAUGUCCAUAUUCCAGCUCUCUGCCGGUGUGUCUGAUUGAGCUCACCAGAAGUCAGCUCCUCAAUUGUCAACGUCUUUCCUCUGCAACUCUCACAGCUUGCUAAAUAUAGUUCUCCAUUGUCACCUGUUGUGGUCACUGUAUGGAGCCAAGAAUAUGUCGUCUUACUUGGGGCAUGAUCAUAUGAAAGGUUCUAAGAUCUUUGUAAAAAAAUAAUACUGUAUUUAUACAGAGGCUGAAAUGUAGUUGUUUGUAUUAUUAUUUUUGUUUAUUAGUGAUUUCAACAUAUCUUGUGUUGUACAGUAUAGGACUUUUCUCUCUCCUUUCCAGUAUUUGUGUAAAAAAUCCUGUAAAUAAAAUGUGUAAUUGACAGCUUA